AUGACCCGCACUUGGCAGCCGCCCACGGACUAUGGCAAACGUCCUGUUGCCAUUCUAGGCGCGGGCGUACUGGGUCGUCGUAUCGCAUGUAUUUGGGCAUCAGCAGGGUAUGAUGUCCAGGUCCGUGACCCUAGCCCAGAACAACGCGCAGACUGUGUGGCGUAUGUCGAAGGAAACGUGGUGUCCUAUGCAGAAAAAACCGGAAGGUGCCCCGGUAGCAUUAAGGUGUUCGCAGAGUUGAAGGAUGCAGUCAGAAAUGCAUGGCUUACCAUCGAAGCCGUCCCUGAGAAGCUCCCCCUGAAGGUUGAUACCUUUGCCGAGCUGGACAAGCUUGCUCCUAGUGACUGCAUCUUGGCCUCUAACUCUUCUUCAUACAAAUCCUCUGAAAUGUUGGUCAAAGUAUCGGACUCGGCCAAGCGUCGCGUUUUAAACAUGCACUACUACAUGCCCCCGCAAGUUAUGGUUGUGGAGCUCAUGACCAAUGGGCUCACGGAGCCGUCUAUCUUCCCGUUCCUGGUCGAUCGUUCGAAGGAAGCCGCAACUAUUCCCUAUGUUGCUAGGAAGGAGUCCACUGGCUUCAUUUUUAACCGCCUCUGGGCCGCAGUUAAGCGAGAGGUUUUGACCAUCCUUGCCGAAGAGGUCUCGGUGCCGGAAGAGAUUGAUUCGAUGUGGACGGAGAUGUUUAUCAAGGGGGCUGUCACCCCGUGCAAGACUAUGGACGACGUCGGCCUGGACACCGUUGGUUUCAUUGAAAGUCAUUACAUCGCUGAGCGUGGCCUCUCUGACGAAAAGACGGUCAAAUUCCUGCAGAAGAACUAUUUAGAUCAGGGCAAGCUCGGAUCGAAAUGUUCCAAAGGUGGUCUGUUCCCACCUGCAGGGACCGGUAAUGGCAGCGCCACGAAGGCUAAGAUCCUUGUUCUUGACAUUGGAUUGUCAGCACGAGUCCCGAGCACGAACGGGGGCGAAAUCCUCGAAGUAUCUGCCGACGGACGUGAGCAGAAGGUCCUUGUUACCGCCCAAUCGCUCCCCGACGGUCUUGCCAUCGACCCUUCUAGCGAGCGCAUGUUCUGGACAAACAUGGGCGUCCCUGGUAAGGAUGAUGGAGCAGUCUAUUCUGCCAACUUAGACGGCACCGAUAUUCGUGCCGUCCUAGCUCCUGGUACUGUGAAUACCCCGAAGCAGCUGGCAUUGGACACCAAGUCCAAGAAGAUCUACUUCUGCGAUCGUGAAGGUCUUCGUGUUCUGCGUUGCAACUAUGAUGGCUCCCAACUUGAAGUCUUGGUCCAGACUGGUACCUAUCAGAAUGCCGAGGAUGGUCAAGAUGCCACAAAUGGUGGCAAAGGCCGCAUCUUCAACGCGAACAUCACUACCCCGGAGGGACAGUCUGCCACGACACGAACUGAUAUUCAGUGUAUUGCGAAAGAUCUACCCGAGCCCGUCGACCUCGAGAUUGAUGAGGAAUCUCACUCUCUUUACUGGACCGAUCGCGGUGAAAUUCCACUAGGAAACUCCCUAAAUCGACUUCGUCUCGACCACUUUGGCCUGCCGGUGCCCCAUAUGUCCUCCCAUGGAUACGACAUCCUCCUCAGAAACCUGAACGAAGCUAUCGGCUUGAAGCUCGACCUGGCGAAUAACAGUAUCUACCUGACGGAUCUCGGUGGCAACAUUUACAGAUGUAAUGCCGAGGGGAAGCAGAAAGUGAGAUUAUAUGCGGACGAGAACCGAGCGUUCACCGGCAUUGCCCUUGCUUAG